CUCAGUUGAUAAUGCUGUUUUUUUAUUAAUUUUAUUCUAUAACUUUCAGAAUCAUUCAACAGAUCGAGGAAUGAACAUAAUCUAUCAAAUGACAGUAACACAAACAGCAGAGUACCGGAGCUAGAGGAGCGCUUGAGUGUCUGCCAGCAAGAGUUGGAUGAGCUGAAGGAGAGGUACCGGGAGCUGGACGAGGAGUGCGAGACGUGCGCCGAGUACCUGCGGGAGAGGGACGACCAGUGCCGCAAGCUUAAGAAAGAGAAGACCACUCUAGAGAACAUCAUAAAGGAGUUGAACGAGAAAUUGCAACGCGGCCAUGACACAAGUCGCGGCGGCGCUAAGGUUAGCUACGCGCACGCCGCUGUUAAUACGGACGAAGAUUGGGCAAAUCUACAUUCAGUGGUAGUAGACAGAAUGUCAUUCGACGCUGAAGUAGAGAAGAAUAAGAGAUUGACAAAAAUCAUUGAAGAAUUACGAAUGAAUAAGCAAGAGUUAAAGGCGGUUAUGGCAAAAAUGCAGCGAGCGCUAGAAGAGAAGACGGGUAAAGAUGGUAGAGAUAGAGAACUGGAGAGAACGAGACUGGAGUUACGGUCGUGUAAAGAGGAAUUGGAAGAAUUCAGGAGAAGGAAUGUCGAGCUGGACGAGGAAUGUGAGACUUGUGCGCAGUAUUUGAAAGAAAAAGAAGAACAGUGUAGAAGUUUGAAGGAAACUAUUGCAGCGUUAGAGGAGAAGUGCGGGCAGGGGGCUGGUGCGGGGGGUGCGGGGGGCGCGGCGGGCGCGCGGCGGCGGCGCCAGUCGCUGCACGACAACAACCGCGACAGCACGCCGCCCGCGCACUCCGCCUGCUGCGAUGUCGCUACACAAAUCACAGAAGAUUUCCUCAGUUACCAAGUGGAGCGCGACCGCACGAAGCCGGUUCCUGAUGACAUUCAUACUAAACAGAUCAAGCGGCUCAAAAUGACAGUAGAGAAGCUGUGCAAGGAGAAAGCCGCACUGGAACAGCAGCUGGUGUCGGCCGCGACAGCCCCCGUGUACGUCGCCACGGGCAGCGCUAUCGUGCAGGACCAGCAGUUUACCGAUGUCAUGAAGGAGAACCAGAAACUGAAGAAGACGAACGCGGCGCUCAUCGCGCUCUGCAAGAAGAGGGAGAAGAAAGCCACAGUCAAAAACAACAGAGAGAACCAGGAGCCUACGGAAGAGAUCUGAAUUACCUGAUUAUACUAAAAUAUACUCAUUUUUUAAUAAUAUCACUUAUUUGAUUAGAA